AAAUAGUCUCUUUGCCCGGCCUUUUUAUUUUCUUCACUUCUCUUUGAAUCCAGGUGGUUUUCUCUUCCGCUUCCGUAUCUCAUCUUUUAAUAGAGGCAUCAUGGAAAGGAGAAUGGGGAUCUUGUUUCUAGUUAUCUUGGGUGCUGCUUGGGCAUGUCAUGCCAGAGAAUUGGCUAAUACUGAUCUUUUGAGUGAACAAACCAGGAAACCAGAUGUGUGUACACUUUGUGAGGAAUAUAGUGCCAAGGCACUUGAAUACCUAAAAGAAAACAAAACCCAGGGAGAGAUCAUGGAUUACCUUCACAAUACUUGCCACCAGCUGCAGUCCUUUGAACAGCAGUGCACCUCUUUGGUCGACUACUAUGCUCCCCUAUUCUUCUUAGAGCUGGAAUCAAUUCAGCCUGAAGAAUUCUGCGAAAAGGUUAAUCUCUGUGAGAAAAUUGCAAUUAUUUCUUCAAAAGUGCAACAAGAUAGCUGUGGAUUCUGCAAAGAAGCGGUAUCAGAAUUAAUGGAUAAGUUGGAGGAUCCUGACACUCAGCUGGAGAUAAUUGAGGCAUUUCUGAAGGUGUGCAAUUCCAUGGAGAAGUAUUCCAGGAAGUGCAAGAAGCUGGUAUUUGAGUAUGGACCAGUGAUCCUAAUGAAUGCAGAGAAGUUUCUGGAGACAAAAGAUAUAUGCACUGUGAUUCAUGCAUGCAAGGCAGCCACAGAGGAAAUCCCCUUGCUUUCCGACUCUUAAUUGCUUGAAGAUGAUCACACCACCUUCUAGCUCUGUAUUAUUUACAAACAAUCACUUGGUUGCUAUUUGAUUUUGCUGUUUCACUACUACUGCACCUGCUUCAAAUAUUCAAAAGCCUGUAUUUAUAUGUGCUUUAGGAGUCUGAUAUCUGCUAUAUACUCUUGAUAAUCGCUAUUGUCCAUAAAUAUGUUUUUUUUUUAUA